AUGAUGAGGAUAGAGAAGCGCGUUUGGCAGACAGUGCUGAAAGAGCCCGGGCUAGAAGACAGCACGAGGAUAAUGAGCACAGGGAAGCGCGACUGGCAGAGGAAGCUGAGAGAGCACGGGCCAGAAGACGUUCAGAGAAUGGAUCGCAAAGGAGUAUUAGGAAGUGGAAAGAUCAGGUUUAGAAGGCAACAAGAAGAUGUACUUACUCGAGAGUUACGCCGAGCAGAAGAUGCUAUGAGAGUAAGAUUGCGCAGAGAAGAAGAAGAAGAGGAAACGCGUCAACAGCGCAAUGUCGCUUCAGCACAAAGGGAGCGUAUUCGGAGAAGUCGUAUGACAUCUGCAGAGGUCCAGCAAAGGCAAAAUAUGGAAACUGAGCGAUAUCACGCUCGUGGAAGAAUCAUCUCAGCGCAAACAAGAGGAUUAGCCAGGACCAAUAUGCAGCCGGAUGAACACUACGAUGGAUCGAUGAACGUCGCAUGCGCGAGCUGUGAAGCAAAGCAUUUCAAUAACAUCAGUAUCCGGCACUUCAUCAACUACCCUGAGGAGCUCCGUCGACUGCUCACAUAUCAGGACCCUGAAGCGAGAGAAUUCCGUGAACAUAUUCGCAGCUACAACAGCGCCUUCGCAUUCGCUUCUAUGGGCGCACAGCUGGAUACGCCACGUGGACAUGGCCCCUACUGUUUUCGAAUUCACGGUCAGAUUCACCACAGAAUAGGACCUGCGCUCCCGGAAAAUGGUCAACCACACCGUUACGGCCAAGUCUAUAUCCUAGACACCUCUAUGGCAGCAGAAAAGGAUGGGACAUCCAGCAAACAUAAACUGUAA